GCAUGCGUGUGUAUACAGACAUCUAUCAGCGUUCUUUGCGCUGAGUUAGUUACAAUACGGGAAGCGGGUGAAAACAUCUUCACACCCAAGCUCCUGUUGUGAAAAUUCAAAAACUCUUUGAGAAAAGAAACUAUUUAACAACAAAAAAUCUUCAUGGAGGCUCUUGAAAUCUGAUGGUGUUGGAUACUUGAAGAGACAUUUCACAUUUCAAGAGGAAAGAUGGGAUGUAACUGCAGUUCGGACUAUUCAGACAGUGAAUGGAUCGAGAACUUGGAUGAAAUCUGUGAACACUGCAACUGUCCCAUAGCGCCCCAGUCCUGCAACCCAUACACAGACCAACUGAUUCCCUUUCAACCGUCACAGCAUUCACCUCCAACAUCUCCUCUACCAGACAACCUUGUGUUGGCCAUAUACAGUUAUGAACCCAACCAUGACGGUGACCUGGGCUUUGAGAAGGGAGACAAACUCAAGAUCAUCAACAAGGAUGAUCCAGAGUGGUACUUGGCAGAGUCUCUCACGACAGGCCAGCAGGGCUACAUCCCAUACAACUUUGUUGCAAUGACCACGGUGGAGACUGAACCGUGGUUCUUUAAGAACAUUUCAAGAUCAGAAGCUGUGAGGCUCCUCCUCGCUCCUGGGAAUACGCAGGGCUCCUUCCUGAUUCGAGAGAGUGAGACAACCCCAGGGUCUUACUCCUUAUCAAUCAGGGAGUUGGACCAUAACACUGGUGAAGGAGUCAAGCACUACAGAAUCCGCAACAUGGACAACGGAGGUUUCUACAUCACAGCCAAGAUAUCCUUUAACUCGCUGAAGGAGCUUGUCCAGCAUCACUCACGUGAUUCAGAUGGGCUGUGCACAAAGCUGGUGAAGCCAUGUCAGUCGAGGGCGCCGCAGAAGCCCUGGUGGCAGGAUGAGUGGGAGAUUCCUCGUGAGUCCCUGAAGCUGGAGCGCAGACUUGGAGCAGGACAGUUUGGAGAAGUCUGGAUGGGUCUCUACAAUAAUGAGAGGAAGGUGGCAAUUAAAAACCUGAAGAUGGGCACAAUGUCAGUGGAAGCUUUCCUGGCAGAGGCCAACAUGAUGAAGAACUUGCAGCAUCCACGCCUUGUCCGCCUGUUCGCUGUUGUUACUCAGGAGCCAAUCUAUAUAGUCACAGAGUACAUGGAAAAUGGUAGCCUAGUGGAUUACCUGAAAACAACGGAGGGAAGCAGUUUGCCCAUGAACACUCUCAUAGACAUGGCGUCUCAGGUGGCUGAUGGCAUGGCCUUUAUUGAGGCGAAAAAUUACAUCCAUCGGGAUCUGAGAGCAGCCAACAUUCUGGUGUCUCAUGAACUCAUCUGCAAGAUUGCUGACUUCGGACUGGCAAGACUGAUUGAGAACAACGAAUAUACAGCAAGAGAGGGUGCAAAGUUCCCUAUCAAAUGGACUGCCCCAGAGGCCAUUAACUAUGGCACCUUUUCCAUAAAAUCGGAUGUGUGGUCAUUUGGGAUCCUCCUGACAGAAAUAGUGACAUAUGGACGCAUACCUUACCCUGGUAUGUCCAACCCAGAGGUUAUCCAGAACCUGGAGAGGAACUACAGGAUGCCGAAGCCAGAAAACUGUCCAGAGGGGCUUUACAACAUCAUGUGUAUGUGCUGGACGGAAAGCCCAGAAGACAGGCCCACCUUUGAGUAUCUGAGGAGUGUUCUGGAAGAUUUCUUCACUGCCACAGAGAGACAGUACCAGGAAUAGCCCUGAUGGUGCAGAAAGGCAUACAGACAUGCAAUAAAUAUACUCAAACUAAAGGCAGAGCCUGUGAACGCCAGAUUUUUUUUUUUUUUUUUUAGGAGUAUAUCUCUUUAUAUUCAUAGGGUACAAACUGAGAUUUUCCAAUUAAGAGUACUUUGUUUCUGCAUCUAUCUUAUUCUGAAGUGGCCUUUUAUAUACGAUCCAGUCACAGAUGGAACCUGAAACUGUUGUAACAGCUGGAUCACUGCAGAACAAACAGCAGAAAGGAGAGUGAUCACCAUGCUGCUUUAAUAAUCUGGGAACUGUCUGAUGUGGCUGAACAAGUAGUUGCUCUCCGUGGUGCUCAUUAUUGAGAUGUAAAUACUGUCAAACUGCUUUAGCUGUAUUUUACCUCAAAUGAAUGUUUUCAAAUUGUUUUCCAGUAAAAAGCUUUACAUGGACGUUGUUUGAUGUUGUGUAGAAUAAAGCAAAAUCCAUCACAAUCUAUUUCACUUAAAAUGAACCAUGAUCAGCCCAAAUAUACUGUGUGAUAUGUUUCAUAACAUACAAAAAUGCUUAAAAGUUUUAUUUGUGCAUUUAGAUAAAUUAAUCAAAUUAAAUCAUGCUACCUUCUG